GGUCUGGUUCCGUGUUUACUUCUUAGGUACCAGGUGUUCUCUAAUGCAGUUUGCUGACGUGUUUUUGGUAUCUGCAUUUAUUGCAUUUUAAUUUACUGUAAACCAUGGCUAUGGAAUUUGAAUAUGACGAGGAAGGUGGGACGUUCUUCUACUUUCUAUUGUCAUUCUGGGGCCUUGUCAUCAUUCCAGCAACAUACUAUUUUUGGCCAAGAACCAAAACAGAUGAUGGUCCUGACUUAAAGAAGAGAGAGUGCAACUGUGAACCAUGUCAAUUAAAAAGACAAAGAUUAAAUGUACAAGGAAAAUGGAAACAUACUACAGAGAAAGGAGUGAAAAUAGCCUUGGUGAUAGGAUGGGUAAUAUUUCUGUUAUUGGCGUACAAAGUAUCCAAGAUACAGAUGGAAUAUGUAGAAUAUGAUCCUUAUAUGGAACUAGAAAUUGAAAGGGGAGCAAGUCAGAAGGAAAUAAAGAAAGCCUACAGAAAGCUGAGUUUAAUUUUCCAUCCAGACAAAGAAACCGGAGACCAUAAGAAGUUUAUGAGAAUAGCCAAGGCCCAUGCUGCACUGACAGACGAGGAAACAAUGAAGAAUUGGGAGGAAUAUGGAAAUCCUGAUGGACCAGGAGUUACCAAAUUUGGUAUUGCUUUACCAAAAUGGAUAAUAGAAAAGGAGAAUUCAAUAUGGGUACUGGCAGUGUAUGGAUUACUGUUCAUGGUACUUCUACCAGUUGUUGUGGGAGCUUGGUGGUACAGAUCUAUUAAGUUUAGUAAAGAUCAGGUUCUACUUGACACAACAAGAUUAUAUUACUACUUCUUCCAGAAAAUUCCUAACAUGAUGUUAAAAAAAGUUGUAAUGGUUCUAGCUGGAUCAUUUGAGUUUGACAAAUUUCACAACCAAGAGAUAGUUGAGAGGCCUAGUGACAAUGAAGAAGUUCCAUGGCUGAUAAAAAUGUUACCAAAUUUGGAAGAGAAACACAAAGAGAAGCCCUUGUGUUACCCAUACAGUGUAAAAGCCAGAGCUUUACUUCAUGCACACUUCAACAGAUUAGAGUUAUCACAGAAUACACUAGAAAUAGACAAGAUGUAUGUCCUGAAGAAGACUCCAUUCCUGGUCAAUGAGAUGGUGACCAUUGUCGCACAGUUAGUGUCAGGAGCUGCUAGAAAUGCUGUACAAUAUAUGCCAAGACUGGAGACUGUUGAGAAUUGUAUGAAGGUAUCACAGAUGAUUAUACAAGGCCUGGACCAGAAAUCUAGUCCACUGCUACAGCUACCACACAUCAAACCAGAAAUGUUAAAACAUUUCAGCACCAAGAAGAGACACAUCACAAGAAUUAAAGAUUUUAUAGGAAUGAAAGACAGUGAAAGGAAAUCUUUGUGUAGACAAUUGUCACCUGAUGAGUAUCGUGAUGUGAUGAGUGUUUGUGCCACAAUGCCACAUGUUGUUAUGACAAUAAGGUCUGAAGUUUUGGACGAUGAAGAUUCCACAAUUACAGCUGGUUCCAUAGUGACCGUCACUGUCACUCUUACUAGACAAGAUUUAGAAGUUCUGUUCGAACAAGAACAAGAAGACAAUGCUCCAGAAAUUGAAAAUGUAGAAGACACAGAGGAAACUGAAGCUAAUAAUGAUGACAAUACACAAAAGAAGGUAGCACAGAAAGCUUGGGAAAAACCAAAGAAAGGAAAGAAAAAGCCAGCCAAACCAAAAAAGAAAGCAAAACAAGCAUUUAAUUGGAAAGCAGCAUCAACAUCUGCCGCUGGUGCCACAAGUGACAAAACGGAAGACAAAUCUGAGGAAAAGGAGGAAAAAGGUGAUACUGACGACGAAGGAAAGGCAGUUGUAGCCACAAAUCCUGAUAAUGAUGAAUCUGAAGUAGAAUCUGAACAAGAGGAACAUGAUUCUGAGGCAGAGAACUCUGCAAGUAGCUCGGCACUGUCAAAAAGACGAUCAUCAGGGUCAGGAUUUGAAACGAAGAAAGACAAAGAUAAAGAUGAUGAACACGCCUUAGAUGAUGAAGAACAAUGGAAAAUCUAUCAAGAAGAAGCUAAAAAAGAAUUCUCAAUAGAAACUAAAGCAAAAGAAAGUCCAGCUGUACAUUGUCCACAUUUCCCAGAGGCUAAACAAGAAGGAUGGUGGUUAUAUGUAUCAGAUAAGAAACAACAUAUGUUAAUUACAGCACCUGUACAAAUAUUAACACUGAAAGAAAAAGAAGAGAUUACAUUGAAAUUUUUAGCCCCAGGCAAACCCGGUGCUUAUACAUAUACAGUCAAUCUGAAGUCUGAUUCCUUCUUUGAUUUUGACCAGGCACAAAAUAUUAAGCUUGACGUUAAGGAUGCUAAGAUUAUAGAAGAUCAUCCACAAUGGGACAUAUCUGAAGAUGAAGAUGCAGAAAAAGAUGAUGAUAGUGAUUCAGACUACUCAACGGAAGGGGACGACUCAGAUUGAUUCUAAUAACUACACAGGACACGGAACUUAUCAUGAUAAUCCAAGUGGCUCAAGUCAGUCAUGAUGCAGCUUGGAUUAUUGGACAUCGUUUUACUAAAUCAUCAUAGACCAACUUGUACAUUAUACAUUAGGUCAGGAAAAGGUUACCAUAGAGCAUUAUGAUGCAAGGGCAUUUUGAAAAAUGUGUAAACAAUGUGAAAUUUUAAAUUAUUAUUCACAAAUGGGAAAUAUGGAAAUUGAAAAGUUUGUGUUUAUAUAACGUUAUAAGUGACCAUUUUUGUUUGUAUAUGAAUUACAUAGGCAUGAGUUUUAAUGAGACUAUUUCAGAGGUACCAUAAAUGAAGGACUAUACGUUAAUUAUAAUCAUGUUUAGAUACUAAGUAUAAGGGGAUGAAAAUAAUAUCAUAGUAUGAUGUUAUUUAUUAAGGAAAUUUUUUGCGUCACUAGUCAAAGUAAAUGGGUAUUAUUUAAAAAUAGCUGCCAAUUUAAUAUUAAUAUUGAUUGUACACCAGUUUAUCUUCAUGAGAAAAGUUCUUAAAAAUCACUAUUACCUAUUACAAAUUUGGUAUACCUUUUGAAUAUACACAUGUUGUUAUAAUUUUAAGCCAAGUUGAACAAGCUUUUCAUUCUUAUUAAGAAAUCCAUCAGGCAUACAGAAAGAAUUUACAUCUUUACUAGAUUUUACUUUACUUAGAAUAUAUACUGGCCAACUAUUUAGACAUAUAAUGACCGUCUGUUAAAUAAAGUGUGGUAUUUCUGCUGAAAUUAGACAGACUGGAUAAAUUCAAUGUGAUGUGAAAUUGGAAAAAAACUAUUUGUUUGAAUAGAAUUUGGAAUUUAAAGGGAAAAAAACUCAUUUCACAUUUUUCUUUAUAGAACCAUAUUUUUUAUGACAUUUUUAUGGCAUUUAUGUUUAAUUAUAGCAAAGCAUUUAUUAAUUUUCAUAUUAGUGCAGAGUAAAAAAUGGAAAGAUGUAUGGGUCAUUUUAGUCAGUUCAUUUAUCUACACUUCUUAUUGGCAAAUCCUCCAACAUGUCACAAACCAGUGACCAGAAAACCUUAAGUCAUUUUAUACCUCUUGUGUCAUCUUUAAGUCAAAGCUAUCUUUGAAGUUUACAACAACAAACCAUGACUUUGCUAUAUAUUUAUAUCAAUUGAAAAGUUGUUGAAAUCAUAGAUUCAUUACAUAGAUUUUAUUCAUAUCAGUGUGUUACACCAUAAUCAUAAUUUGAAUAUGUAUUACAUGUUCUCUAAAGUGUAUAUAAAUAUUGGUGCUUUGUUGUAUAGAUAUAGAGUAUAAUAUUGCAGUUUAUAUGUGUGUUUAUUUAUAAAUGUGUCUGAAUUGACAGACAUUUGUAUAGAAUACAGAUGAAUUGUUGAGAAUAAUGGUGUGCUGGUUAUUUAUCAAAAGUUUCCAUCAACUUCAUUUGCUUAACUCUUUUCUAUGUAGGAAUUUAUCAUUUAUUAGAUUUUUUAAGCAAACAUUCACUUCCAUCAAUAUACAUAUAUACAUUACAAGAUUGUCCUUGUAUAAUAAAUCUUUUGUUUAUGUGAUCUUAAUGCUUGGUGUCCAGAUCAUCAUAUAUUUAAUUUAUAUUGAACAUCAAACUUUGAAAAAAUGAUCUGUCAUUUUAUAUUGAAAGGAGUUCAACCAGGAAUGUCUGAAUUUCUACCUUAAGACUUGAACAAUGUCAUGUCACUGUUAACAGGCGAUCAUUACUUUACAAUACAUAGCAUUUGAUUAAGCUAUUUAAAAUAAAAUGAAGUGUCAGUCAAAGAUAGGUAAAACUACUUAAGUUAUGACACAGCAAGUCAAGGAAUAUAAGAAAACAUCUUUGUAUGAAACAUAUCACAUGAUAUUAGGGGCAUUAGAUCUUAAAGAUGCAUAAAAGUGUGUGUUGUUUCAACCUAACACAUGUCUCACAUUUGGAGUCUUGUCAUUGAAGAUUGUACCAAAACCUAUAGUUGCUAACAGCCACAUCAUCGAGACUCUUGUCUUAUUGGCAAUGAUACCACAUCUUUGAAUUGUAUGUAUUAUUUUAAGUCACUUUUAUCAAGAAAAUCUAAUUGUUAUUGAUGUUAAAGUUUACUACACAAUGUACUAAUUGAUAGUUGGGAUUUUAAAUUAGAAAGUGUUUACCAUGAAUAUGGUUAAGUCAAACCUUUUUCUUUCAUAGUUUGUAUCAUUUGAAAAUCAGUCUUAUCUUAUGUUGAAUUUUUAACAUGUAUUACUGUAGAACAUGCAGAAUAUAAGGGGCCAAUAAUAAAAUAAAUUUGCUUAAUAAAUUUCUAUGUGCAUCUAUAAAACUUUAUUAUAAUCAGAUCUUUUAGUUAUGUUUAUGUUAGAUAUUUUCAUAGAUGAAGGAGGUAUUCACUAUUGUCAUUGUCCAUUCCUUUGCCCCACAAUAAUGUUCAUUUUAAUUGCAAUACUUUUUUGUUUUGUCAUAUUUGUAUAUAGAAGUUAUAUAAAAUCAUAUUGAUUGUAUAUAAUUUAAUUCCUAGUAAUUUAUUGGUCAUCAUUGACAAUAAAUUAUUUAUUGGUUUAGUACUAUGAACAUUAUUUAUUUUUUUAAAUGGAGUGGCGAGAUUGAAAAAAUGUUGAGAAUGAUAAGUAAUGAUAGGGAAGGAAGGACUGGAUGUUUAUAAAGUUGUUUUCUAUUAAAUAUGCAAUAACAAAAUUUUCUCGUUUUCAAAUUUGAAUUAUACAUUGAUAUGCAACUUAUAUUUAUUCAUUGUAACUUUCCAUUUAUAUUUACAAAAAGCCAUACUUUUCUGAACUUUGGUAGUGAAUAUUCAAUAUUUUUUCCAUAAGUUCAAAACUAAAAAAUUAAAAAUUUCAAACCAGGAACUUUACAAUAAAGUUGAGCUGUGCAAAUAAAUGUUAGUUUGAACAUCAGAACAUGUAGUACAUUUUAAAGCUACAAAUAAAUGGCUUCAGAUCAUUAAUAUUUAAAUGUAAGAAUAACCAGUGAAAAUUGUGAUGAAUGAAUAUUUUGUGCUUAUCCUGUUUAUGUGGAAUAAUACCAUUCAGAGAAGUAACAGACUAUUCUGAAGUCUGCCAGUUAUUGAAAAAAUAGUUAAUAAAGAUUUUGGUAUAAACUUUUAAAGUAAUAAAAUUGAAUUUAAA